AUGGUGCUUGAACACUCCCCCUACCAGGACCCCAGAACCUGGAAAAUGACUCCUGCGAUGAUCAGAGCCAGACAGCCCUUUGUCAAGAAAAACUUGUUGGGUUUGAGUGCCCUUCUUCUAGUUACUGGAGGCAUCUACGUUUAUACUUAUAGGUUUUUGAACCGGGACAACGACUUUGCAGAUGUACCAAUUCCCCCUAUCGACGCUGCAGAGCUUGAAAAGCUCAAGAAAGAAUACGAGGAACACAAACAGCAGACAAGCAACAAAUAA